GUGAGGGUGGACUUCGUUGUUAUCGUGUAGCCUACACCCCCUCUCUCUCUCUCUACCUCGCUCUCUCUCUCUCUCCGCCCGUCUCUUUCUACUUCCCAUCUCUUCCUUAAUCCCAUUUGCCAUUGUACGUGCCCAAUCGCCGUAUACUUUCCGCAUUUAACUUGGAUGACAUUUUUAUUUCAUCAUUAGCAUCCGGCGCCAGACUGACGCGGUGGACACAGUUGCAUUUUGACAAAGGAACGCACAAGACUUGGACGCAAUACUGAUAUUAUUUUGUCCUCUCGGAAGACUAUUUGCUUUUCUGAUGUGUAUUUAUGUUUUACGUUCUUGAUCAGCUGCGUAAUCAAGAAGAUAUUCCGUAUUUAAAACAUCGCACAGAAGGACAAUUAGGCCUACCAGUUUAUAAUAUCCCUGUUUCUAAGUGAGAUUUUGUUAAUUCCAGUCUUUUAACACUUACGUUUGUGGUCUACGGCAUUCGGACCACAACCUCCAAGCAGCAAUGCCCGAGACGGCGCAAGAGACCUGCACUCCGGUGAAAGACUCUCCCUUCUUCAUUAAGAACUUGCUUAACUGUGAUAGUAAACCAUCCAAACCGAAGCCCAUCUUCGCCUCGGCAAAGGCGGCGUUGGAAGGGGGCUUUUCCCUAUCUCAGGUCGGGGACUUUAACUUUCCUCGAUUUGAGUUACCCACACAGAGGUUUGCUUUACCGGCGCACUAUCUGGAGCGAGCCUCAGCAUGGUGGUAUCCCUACACUCUCAGCGCAGCCAGUCAUCUACACAGAACGGAAGUUGCGGAGAAGGCAAGAGCAAGAGACUCUUCUCCAACCUCAUGCACGGACCGCGACUCGCCAGACCUGGUGCUCAAAUCCGAUCCAGACGCCAAAGAAGACGAGGACAACAAAAGUGGUGAUGAAAUAGUUCUAGACGAGAGUGAUUCUGAGGACACAAAGAAAGACAGUGGGGUAGACGACAGGAAGAAAAACGAGGACGGUGACGAAAAGAAAGCAUGUCGAAAAAAGAAAACACGCACCGUGUUCUCCCGGAGUCAGGUGUUUCAGCUUGAGUCCACCUUUGACAUGAAACGCUACUUGAGCAGUACGGAGAGGGCCGGAUUGGCUGCGUCAUUGCACCUGACAGAGACACAGGUAAAGAUUUGGUUCCAGAACAGAAGAAAUAAAUGGAAGAGGCAGCUUGCCGCUGAACUAGAGGCUGCCAAUCUGAGCCACGCCGCUGCACAGAGGAUAGUUCGAGUGCCCAUCCUCUACCACGAGAACUCUGCCUCAGAGACUGGCAAUGCAACCGGCAACGUUGCUGUGAGCCAGUCGCUCCUCACCUUCCCCCACCAUCUCUAUUACUCUCACCCAAUCGUCACCUCCGUGCCGCUACUCAGACCGGUCUGAGCCAUUUAGGAAUAUCGAACCGGCUCAACACUCUUUCCUCAAAGCGCUUUAACAGGGGACAAUCAAGAUACACUUUUUUAUGUACAAUAUAAUUGUAUCUUAUAGGCUUAUUGAUGUACUGAUUCUAAUUUCUGCUUCCUCGACAAUGUCCUUAUAGCACAAUUAAGAAUUGAAUGUCAUUACAUUUUCUGUUUUUCAAACAAUAACAUGGUGUACAAAUGUAUAUGGAUAUAUUUAAUCGAGUCAAUGAAAGGAGCUACCUGUUGAUGGUAUUCCUUUUGUACAGAAAAAAAAAAACGUUUUGAUAUUGUAUUGCUGAAUUCUGUUGUGAAAUAAAUGGAGAUUAUUCCAUACUUAAAUAUUUCAAAUCAGUGCGUACUCAAUAAUAUAUUUGGGUGUAAUUGGGUG